AUGUCAAAUCCUAUCUUACGUCUGUCUCGUCAAAGUGAAGCAACUUGGGCUUCUUUUCAUCGGCGAGUAUCGAGUAUUCCUUAUGAUUACUCCAAGUUAUUUCCAGAAYCUGUAUUCAACUUUCUAAAACAUAAAGCUUACUCGAUGGGAAGUUCUCUUGGUUACCUGGUGCCUUCGKUGUUAAYGUCAACAGCCUAUCUACUUGCCAAUAAAGAUGCCAGCCUGAUGAUAUCCAACCAUCUACAACCAAUUAAUCUCUUCAUGAUGUUUGUUGGUUAUCCCGGGACAGGAAAAUCGCCAGCCGUCGAAUCUGUCCUGAAAGGACUUAAAAACAUGGACUGUAUCAAUGCUGAAACAUUGAUAAGCACAACCACUUCGUCUGGAUUGGUUAAAACUCUAUCUAAACAAGGAAGAGCAUUACUUGCCUCGCCUGAACUGUUCGAUGUACUGAACAARCUACUGAAAAACGAUGAAGACAAUGUGUCUGGCGACGUCCAACUAUUGUGUAAGCUCUGGAGCGGCGAGGGAUCGUCCUACCAUUUUGCCACAGAAUYCACUAGAGAGAUCGACUCCAAUACCSCCUUUUCCAUCCUYGGUGCAACUCAGAUCCAGAAUGUGGCAACURUCCUUUACCGUAUGGACAAGGGACACGGUCYGAUAGAUYGCUUCCUUUUUACAGUGCCACUUGCCUUAAAACCUACUCCACAAGAAGAAGAGCAAAGCAUUGAAUACUUGAACAAUCAAACAUUCAAAGACUUUGAUCGAUUAUUUACUGAAAUCGAGCAAAUGCAUCAUAACAUCACACGCACCUACACGCUUAGUAAUGCAGCGAUGGACAUACAUAAGGCMUUGAAAACGCAACAUGUUCAUGAAGUUAAUGAAGCAAUCAAGAAUGGGGACAUACCACCGAAAUCGAAGUCGUAUGACUUAGUGGCUAGACUGGCYGUUCCAAUCCAUGUUAUUACUGCCUGUGUAACUUCACUGCUCCAACAAAAUGACCAAAUGACCUGCAGUGAGGAAAUCMACGAGGAUAUUUACAGAAAGUCCAUGGCAUACGUCGAUUACCUCCAUUCUCAGAAGGCAAUGUUCACGGAAUUUAUCCACUCUAUUUUAAACAAYGCAAAAGAAUCAACRAAGCCCCAACCCACUGCCAGUGAAAUUCAAAGUGCCAUAUUGAAAUUUCCUGGACCACUUGUCACCUUCCAAGUGUUUAAGAAGUACGGCCCGAGACAUCUACGUCCCUCGUUACAAAAUCAGGAAUUCAAGCAACAUGCUGAGAGUAUGAAGGACUUUGGUCAGCUAGUAGGAGUAAGAAUUCCUAGAUGUGCAAACAAGACUGACGUAUACGUCAAGAGUAAGCCAUCAGAUAUUAUUGUAUGGCCAGUAGAYGCAUUGUGCACAAGAGAGGAGUACACAACCAAGUACCAGGAACCCUUAARUAGACUAAUAACAGCAAAUAUUCAAAACGCACUGUCCGAUUCAGGACUUUAUGACUUUUAA